AUGGAAGACCAAGAGACGCUCGUCAAAACAAUGGAAGACUACCUCGAAGACCACAACGCCAUGACAAGCAAGCCAAUGUCUCUGGUGUUGUUCCAGAACGCGAUUGAGCAUGUGGCACGCAUCAGCAGGAUCAUCUGCCAGCCGAUGGGCAACGCGCUUCUGGUCGGCGUUGGGGGCUCCGGACGCAAGUCUCUCACCGUCCUUGCUGUAUCGAUUGCCGACUACACGUUGUUCCAGAUCGAGAUCUCAAAAUCUUACGGCAUGGUAGAAUGGCGAGAAGACCUGAGGAAGGUUUUGACCAUGGCGGGCGCCGACAACAGGGUCACCGUGUUCUUGUUGGACGAUACCCAGCUUAUCAACGAGGCAUUUUUGGAAGACGUGAACGGCAUACUGAACACUGGUGAAGUGCCGAGUCUUUUCAACAAUGAGGAGAUGGUGGCUAUCAACGAGGCCCUCACAAAGCCUGCGCAGGCGGCGGGAAUCAACACGGGAUCUCCGAGUGAGGUGUACGCCUUCUUCAUUGAGCGAGCGCGAACAAAUCUGCACGUGGUUCUAUGCCUCAGCCCCAUCGGGGAUGCCUUCCGAACGCGGUUAAGGAUGUUCCCUUCGCUGGUGAACUGCUGCACCAUCGAUUGGUUCAUAGCGUGGCCACAGGAGGCUCUGAAAAGUGUUGCACGACAUUUUCUGGACGCUGUGGACAUGGAAGAGACGAUCAAGGCGGGUGUGGUGGACGUGGCUCAGAUGCAGAUUGAUCUUGAGCAGCUCCAGCCCAAACUCAAGGAGGCCACCAUUGCGACCGACGCCCUUUUGGUCCAGAUUGCUAAAGACACGGAGGUGGCCAACGAAAAAAAGGCGGAAGUGAUCUGCAACAAGCAAGCAGAGGAAUCGAAGGCUCUCAAAGCUUCGUGUGAAACGGAUCUCGCCGAAGCUCUUCCUGCGCUGGAAUCAGCGGUUUCUGCCCUUAAGAGCUUGUCAAAGGGUGACAUCGUGGAGGUCAAAGCAAUGAAGAAGCCCCCAGCCGCCGUGAAACUCGUGAUGGAAGCUGUUUGUAUCAUGAUGGGCGUCAAACCAGACAAGAUUAAGGACCCAAAUGGAGGCACCAAGAAAGUUGACGACUACUGGGGACCAGCCCAAAAGAACCUACUAGGUGACUCGCGCUUCCUCCAAAACCUCAUGGACUACGACAAGGACAACAUGGACUCAGCAAUGGUCGAAAAGGUGAAAACGGGUUAUACGGACGACACGGACUUCGACCCCGACAAGGUCAAGAAGGGCUCGGUAGCUGCGGCAGGGCUCUGCAAGUGGGUGCACGCGAUGGUGGUCUACAAUCGGGUCGCUAAGGUGGUGGGGCCCAAGCGAGCGGCUCUUGAGGAGGCUGAAUCUACUUUGGCACAGGCGAUGUCGGAUCUGGGCGAAAAGCAGGCUAUGCUGAAGGCAAGGGACGCUACUAAGAACUACUACUUUGAGAAUGACGUGAUGGAUCUGAUGGAUAAGCUCGCCACGCUUCAGCAGCAGCUGCAGGAAGCGGAGGACAAGAAGGUUGCUCUGCAAGAUCAGGUAACUGACUGUGGCAACAAGCUUCGGCGAGCGGAACAGCUCAUAUCAGGUCUAGGCGGAGAAAAAACAGCCUGGGCUAGAUUUUCCGGAGAGCUUCAAAAUCGAUAUGAAAAUGUCACAGGUGAUAUCACGCUGUCUUCCGGUGUCAUUGCCUACAUGGGGGCCUUCACAUCAUCGUUCCGAGAACAGGCCAUUUCACAAUGGGCCAGGUUACUGGGGGCCAAGAGCAUCCCAUGCAGUGAAAACUUCAAACUUGAGACAACGUUGGGCGACGCUGUCAAGAUUCGUGGGUGGGUAAUCGACAAGCUCCCGAACGAUAGCUUCAGCAUUGAUAAUGCCAUCAUGUUGUUCGAAAGCAACCGCUGGCCGCUCAUGAUCGACCCGCAAGGACAAGCCAACAAGUGGGUGAAAAAGAGAGAAAUGAACAACCAGCUCAAGGUGGUGAAGCAAAACCAGGCAAACUUUGUACGGACCAUCGAGAACGCGAUUCAGUUUGGGUCUCCCAUCCUGCUGGAAAACGUCCCCGAGAGUCUUGACCCCGUUCUUGAACCCGUAUUGUUGAAGCAAGUGGUGACUGUGGGCGGUAUUUCUUCAAUUCGCAUGGGCGACAACAACGUCGAGUACGACCCGAAUUUCCGCCUCUACAUCAGCACGAAGAUGACGAAUCCUCACUACCCUCCGGAGCUAUGCGUGAAGGUGAAUCUCCUUAACUUUAUGGCAACACAAGAAGGUUUGGAGGACCAGAUGCUUGGCAUAACGGUCGCGCGCGAGGAGUCGGAGCUAGAAGCCCGCCGGGAACAACUCGUCCUGGAAGACGCUGAGAACAAGCGCGUGCAGAAGGAGAUUGAGGACACAAUCCUCGAUUUGCUGAAAAACAGCGAAGGCAACAUCCUUGACGACGAGGUGUUGAUAUCGACGCUGGCACAGUCGAAAGUCACAUCGAAUGUCAUAGAACGGAAGGUGAAAGAAGCUGCCAAGACACAAGAGGUUAUCGCCAAGACGAGGACGGGCUAUAUUCCAAUUGCCUUCCGGGCUUCACAGCUCUUCUUCUGCAUAGCAGACCUUGGCACCGUGGACCCGAUGUAUCAGUACUCGCUUGAGUGGUUCAUCAACCUUUUCGAGAUGGCGAUCGACAAGGCAACCAAGGCGCACGUUCUUGAAGAUCGCCUGAGAAAUCUAAGCGAGUGCUUCACGGCGAUGCUUUACAAGAACGUUUGCCGGAGCUUGUUCGAGAAGCACAAGCUUCUGUUUUCCUUCCUUUUGUCGGUCAAGAUCAUGCAAGGAGAAAGACGCAUGGAUGGCGAAGAACUCCGAUUUUUCUUGCAAGGCGCGACAAGCCUCGACCUCGAAGAGCCGAACCCGCUUGCCAACGGCGAAGGCUGGUUGACGGACAAGACAUGGGGUGAAAUCAUCACCGCUGGCAAGCUUGAGGCCAUGUCUGGCUUCGCGGAAAGUUUCAAGUCAAACUUGAGCGUGUGGGAGGGAGUGUUCGUCUCUGCCGACCCAUGGGCUGAGAUCGAGGAGGUUGUGGGCGAUGCCUAUCAACCUUUCCAGAAGCUGUGCCUGCUUCGUGCUAUUCGACCAGACAUCGUCGUUCCAGGCGUGCAAACGUUUGUGGCACAGGAGAUGGGCACCAGCUUCAUCGAGCCUCCACCUUUCGACUUGAGGGCGUGCUACGAGGACUCGACCUGCUCCACACCAUUGAUCUUCGUUCUUACUCCAGGAGCGGACCCUAUGACCGAGCUGCUGAGGGUGGCCGACGAAAUGGGAUUCGGAGGGAAAAAGUUGGCAUCCAUCAGUCUUGGCCAAGGACAAGGGCCUCUGGCAGAAGCGGCCAUCUCGGAGGCAGCAGAUGCCGGCACGUGGGUAUGCCUCCAAAAUUGCCAUCUGUGCAUAUCGUGGAUGCCUACCCUGGAAAGACUGUGCCAAGAGCUAACACCCGACCGGGUGCACGAGACCUUCCGCCUGUGGCUAACGUCCGAACCGAGCCCCCAUUUCCCUUCUUUCAUUCUUCAGAACGGAGUGAAGAUGACGAACGAGCCCCCCAAGGGCAUGAGGGCGAACCUGCUGGGGUCCUUUUACAACAUCGAGAGCGAUUGGUUCGACACCUGUUUGCGUCCCGCCGUGUUCAAGAAGAUGCUGUUCGGCCUGACGUUCUUCCACGCUACUGUUCGUGAACGAAGAAAGUUUGGACCCCUGGGGUGGAAUAUUCAGGACCCAGUCCCGUAUGCUGCUCUCGCAUACCUUGCCGGCGAGUGUAAUUACGGCGGGCGCGUCACCGACGACAAGGAUAGACGGUGCCUUGUCAAUAUUUUGACAGAUUUCUACUGCGAAGACAUACAAGACGAUGACUACCGCUUCAGCCCAAGCGGCACGUACUUUGCUCCUAAGGUGGGAUCCAAGGACGACUUCGUGGAGUACAUCAAGGGCCUUCCGUACAACGAAGGCCCUGAGGUCUUCGGUCUACACGCCAACGCGAACAUGUCAUGUGCUCUGUCGGAAACGAACUCGUUGCUGGACACCGCUUUGAGCUUGCAGCCGCGGUCGGCUGGGGGGGGGGCGAAGUCUUGGGAUGCCACUCUGAGCGAGUUGGCAGAGGACAUUUUGUCACGCAUGCCGCCGGUUUUCGAUGUUGAACGUGCCCUUCUCGACUUCCCGGUUCGAUACGACGAGUCUAUGAACACGGUGUUGACGCAAGAGCUCAUUCGGUUCAAUGGUCUGUCGAGAAUAAUUUCCAAGUCGCUCGCGGAAGUGAUCAAGGCAAUCAAGGGGCUAGUGGUGAUGAGCAGCGAGCUGGAGCAAAUGGGAAACUCAAUGGUCGUCGGAAAGGCGUUCAUCACGGGAACUUUGCAGAACUUCGCUCGGAAGCACAAGGUGCCUAUCGACAAGGCCAACUUCGAUUUCCGAGUGCUGACACCGCUUGAGAUGAAAGAAGCGGACACAACGAAAGCAGAAGACGGAGCUUUCAUGAGGGGGCUCUUUAUCGAGGGCGCAAGAUGGAACGUAGCUCGCCACGCCAUCGACGAAUCUCGACCACGCGAACUGUUUGUGAGCAUGCCGUACAUGCAGCUGCUUCCACGAAUGAAGACGGAUAUUCCGGAAGUAGAGGGGUGUCCGGAGCUGUAUACAGGACAACCGGGUGGAACUUCGCACUCGUACAUGUGUCCGGUCUACAAGACGUCUGUCCGCCAAGGAACACUCAGCACCACUGGGCACUCAACCAAUUUCGUCAUGUUCAUCACUCUGCCUCUUGCCGAGGAGCACACACAAAAGCACUGGAUCAAGCGCGGGGUCGCCAUGCUGACGCAACUGGACGAUUGA